GGGGUAAUGUAUAAGAACUGAAGCUGCCACCCUCAUCUGAAGCCAAGAAGAUCACACGUUCACUGCGGUCACAAUAUAACCAUCUACAUCAAGCAAAAGAAACAAUUUAUUUUCAGCCAACACAACCCGGCAACAUGCCUCAACUCGUCGGAAAAGAAAUCGGGCCAACAGGCUUCGGCCUCAUGGGCUUCACCUGGCGCCCCAACCCCGUUCCCCAGGAGCAAGCCUUCGCUACUAUGCGCGCCGCCCUCUCGCACGGUCUCAACUUCUGGAACGGCGGCGAAUUCUACGGGCAACCCCCAUACAACUCGCCCAUCCUUCUCGAGCGCUACUUUUCCCUCUACCCAGAAGACGCCGACAAAGUCGUCCUCUCCAUCAAAGGCUGUGGCGGCGUCGACGGGAUGCACCCCGACGGAUCCGCGGCCGAAGUCCGCCGAUCUUUGGAUACCGUAAUCAAGCAGUUGAACGGGCGCAAAAAGUUGGAUAUUUUUGAGGCUGCCAGACGUGAUCCGAAGGUGGACAUGGAGGAGACGUUUGGGGUCAUGCAGGAGUAUAUCGACAAGGGACUGUUGGGGGGAAUCAGUUUGAGUGAGGUUAGCGCGGAGACGAUUCACAAGGCGGUCAAGAUUACGAAGGUGGUGUGCGUGGAGGUAGAGCUGAGUUUGUUUGCGACGGAGGUCUUGGACAAUGGGGUGGCGGCGGCUUGCAAGGAGUAUGGGAUUCCGUUGAUUGCUUAUAGUCCUUUGGGAAGAGGGAUCCUAACCGGGCAGAUCAAAUCGCGUGACGAUCUUUCCACGUUUCCAAUGUUGCUUCACUUCCCCCGCUUCUCCGAGGAGAACUUCGACAUCAACCUCCAGCUUGUCCGCCAGGUUGAGGAGAUGGCCAAGAAGAAGGGUUGCACGCCCGCGCAGUUAGCCAUUUCUUGGACACGGUGCCUGUCGCGCCGGCCGGGCAUGCCAGAGAUCAUCCCCAUCCCCGGCGCCACGACGGUGGAGCGGGUCAACGAGAACGCUGUGUUCGUCGAGCUGACGGAUCAGGAGAUGGAUGAGAUUGAUGCGACGCUGGCAAAGUUCGACGUCAAGGGUGCGAGGUAUCCUGACUGGAUUCCUACCGAUACGUAAGAGAAGACGGAUGCUAAGCUACCUCUAUGUUUGUGGACAAAUGUCUCAGGAUGAGGAGAGAGAACGAAGAAACAUUAUGAAGUGAUGAGCAAAACAGUCACAAGGUAAAUGGAAAUUUCAGGUGUUGCGAAUAAUAAAAUCAUAAUUUGUUGCUUCUGUCUUGCCAAUAUUGCCGUGCUAUCACAAAUGCUCCAAAUCUGUUGAACUUGU